GUAGGUCCGAGUGCUCGUUGCUUUUUACUACGGAUCCGGUGAACUUUCCGUGCGAGAAGCGAGUUGAUAUCGAUUUGGUUUGAGUGGGUGUCCUGCCCAAGAUGUCUUUCCCUCCUCAUCUCAACCGGCCACAAAUAGGCAUCCCAACGUUGCCUCCAGGAAUCCCUCCACCACAGUUUGCUGCAUUUCCACCAACAAUGCCUCCCGGAACCCCAAUGAUUCCUGUCCACAUGGGGAUUAUGGCUCCAGCCCCUGCGGUUCUUGUGCCCACGACGAUGUCUGUGGUUAGUAAAGUUGCUGCUCCCAGGAAGGAAAACAUAGCUGCUCAUGCAAAAGAUGACGACAGCAGCGGUCCCACGACUACUGUGUUUGUGGGGAACAUCUCUGAAAAGGCCUCUGAUAUGCUGAUCAGACAGCUGCUGGCUAAAUGCGGUUUGGUGUUGAGCUGGAAACGAGUUCAAGGUGCCUCAGGGAAACUCCAAGCAUUUGGUUUCUGCGAGUACAAAGAGCCUGAAUCUACUCUGCGAGCUCUACGGCUACUACAUGAGCUUCAGGUUGGAGAAAAGAAACUUCUGGUCAAAGUCGAUGCCAAAACCAAAGCACAGCUGGAUGAAUGGAAAGCAAAGAAGAAGAGCACCAGCGCAAAUGGAAAUGGUAAGGCAGAAGAUGCUGGUGAAGAGGAAGAGGAGGUUCUGGAUGAAGAAACUAAGAAGCGGGACCAGAUUGUCAAAGGUGCCAUUGAUGGUCUGAUCCGGGAGUAUUCAAGUGAGCUCAAUGCUCAGUCACAGGACGAUGAGUCGAGUCGCAGGAAAAAGAAGAGAGAAAAGAAGGACGAGGAUGACAUCAAUGCCAUGGAAAUGGAGGAUGACAAAAGGGAUUUGAUUUCCAGGGAGAUCAACAAGUUCCGAGAUACACACAAGAAACUGGAAGAGGAGAAGGGGAAGCGAGAGAAGGAGCGGCAGGAGUUGGAGCGGGAGCGAAAGGAAAGAGACAAGGAGCGGGAACGAGAGCGAGAACGGAGAGACCGUGAGCGGGAUAAAGACCGAGAGCGCGAACGGGAGAGAGACCGAGAGCGCGAGAGGGAGAGAGAGAGAGAUCGAGAACGCGAGCGCACGAAGGACAGAGACAGGGAUAGAGAGUGGGAGAGAGACCGAAGCCGAGACCGCAGCGAGGACCGCAGUCGAUCCAGGGAACAGAGUCGCGAUCGAGAAAGAGACAAAGACAAGAAGCGCGAUCGCGAGGAGGAUGAAGAAGAGGCCUACGAGCGGCGCAAACUGGAGAGGAAGCUGCGAGAGAAAGAGGCGGCGUAUCAGGAGCGCCUGAAGAACUGGGAGCUCAGAGAGAGGAAGAAAGCUAGAGAUUACAGCAAGGAGAUCGAGAGAGAGGAAGAACGCCGACGUGAAAUGGCUAAAGAAGGGAAACGGCUGAAGGAGUUUCUGGAAGACUAUGAUGAUGAUAGAGACGAUCCAAAAUAUUACAGGGGCAGUGCACUUCAGAAGCGCCUGCGGGACAGAGAGAAGGAGAUCGAGCUGGAUGAACGUGACCGGAAACGAGAGAAGGAAGAGCUGGAGGAGAUCAGACAGAGGCUGCUGGCAGAGGGACAUCCGGAUCCUGAUGCUGAGCUACGCAGGAUGGAGGAAGAAGCCGAGCGUUUACGGCAGCCACCUGUAAAGCCCGAGCCUGAGGAGGAGCGAGAGCACAAACCCUCCCGAGAAGAGCGAGACCGCGAGCGAGGCCGAGACAGAGACAGACGCAAGGCUCCUGUAGAAACACACACUCACGUUCAUGCUCAUGUUCACACUCACGCUCAUGCUAACAUCCCGUCUGACGAUGAUGUGGAGGAAGGAGAGGAGAUCGAGGAUGAGGAGGAGCCCAAACCCUGCCUCAAACCCACCAUGAGGCCCAUCACAGCGGCGCCGUCGGUGUCUUCAGCCAGCGGAAACGCCACGCCGAACACCCCCAGAGAAGAGUCGCCCUGUGGCAUCAUCAUCCCGCAUGAGAACUCGCCACAGGAGGUGCUGCUCCCGGAGGAGAACAGGCCCAAGAUCGGCCUCAGCCUCAAACUGGGUUCAUCAGGCAGUCCUGGGCAGCCCAGUGUAACCAAACGGAAGAAGCUGCCGGUGGAGAGCGUCUUCAACCGAUUCGAUGACGAUGAAGUAGACGAGGCGCCGAGGAAGAGGAAGCUGGUGCCUUUAGAUUAUGAGGACGAGGAGAAAGCGGUGGACGGAGCAGCCGUGGCCGGAGGUAAAGGUGUGAACACUGAGGAGAAACGCAAGCACAUCAAGAGUCUGAUCGAGAAAAUCCCCACUGCCAAACCAGAGCUCUUCAACUACCCGCUCGACUGGUCUGUCGUCGACACGGCUCUUAUGGAGAAGCGCAUUCGACCGUGGAUCAAUAAGAAGAUCGUAGAGUACAUCGGUGAGGAAGAAGCCACUUUAGUUGACUUUGUUUGCUCCAAGGUCAUGGCCCACAGUACACCACAGGGCAUCUUAGAUGACGUUGCAAUGGUGCUGGAUGAAGAGGCCGAGGUCUUCAUAGUUAAAAUGUGGAGGUUAUUGAUUUAUGAAACUGAAGCUAAGAAGAUCGGACUUGGGAAAUGAGCCUCGAACGCAGAUGAACUUUGAUUUUUACUUCCCGUUUGGGCAGGACGGCUCAUCUUGGUUUCAAAACAACAACAACAACAACGUGGGAAACUCCAGCAUUUCCAAAAGCUUUGGAGUUGGUAAAUAUCAAGUGGUUUGAUUUCUCAUUUCCCAGACGCCUCCCGAAAAUAAAAUGCAGACUCUGAUUUUUGCAGCAACUGAGAGGAAGAGGUUCGUUUUCUCAGGGCCUUCCUGUUCAGUCGUUCUCAGAGUCGCGUCACGCUGUCCGUUCUUUUGCGUCUCUUUGUAAAAUCGUUACUGUGUUGAUUGCCAAUCACAUCUGGGUUGUGAUUUUAGUUUUUGUUUGUUUCGGUCGCCCCCACACCAUCCGAACCAAAGAGUUUCCCCCCACACACAGUUGUUUCGCUAAACUAAACCAGUUGAUCGGACCCCAACGCUGUUCAGAAGGUCUCGCCUGAAAAACGGAUUGACAUCAAAACGAUUGUCUUUGUUUUUGUACUUAUCAGUGGAUGUGUUUUGAAUAAAAGUGAUUCUUUCUUUUUUUUU